GCUCUGGAAGCUUGGGUGUUGAUAGGCCGUAUUGACAGUUGUGCAAGCCAGACCUGCAUUAAAACUUGGAGAAGAGUUUGUUAAAUUUCAUAUUAUACUUCAAAUCUUUAAAACUACACUUUUCUGAGGAUUGGUGAAAAAGACAUGUCGUACACAAAUAAUCAUCACAUUGAGGCCAACGCCGUGCAACGGGUGGCUAGUCUGCCGCUCUUCGACUCUGCCCUGAAAUCUGUUGUUUCAGUUUACACGGACGUAAAGGGCCGUUACCCGCUCCUGAGUGUGGUGGGGGGCGUGGCUGAGAUUGGGGUGCGUAAUGUGUCCCAGGCUGCCAUUCUCCGUGCCACCCCCCUCCUACUUAGUCUGGAGCCCCAGAUUGAGGUUGUCAAUAACUAUGCUUGUAUGGGCUUGGACCAGCUGGAAAAUAACUUUCCCGUCCUGCACCAGUCUACAGAGGAGGUAUUGGGUCACCUGAAGGAUGCCUUCUUUCUGACCCUGGAUGACGUGCAACUGCGUGUGAAUGAUGAGCUGGACGGGAUGCAGGGGCGCUGGGACAAGCUGACCGAUGCCACCUGGUACUACCUCCUGGCUCUGCAGGAGUCACAGCUGGGUCAGAUGGCCACCUCGGGCCUGGACGACAUCCUCACACGCUCAGAGGAGGCCAUGGCCAAGUACAUGCCCCUGACGGCUACAUUGCGCCUAGAGUGGGAGAGGAGGACACAGCAGUAUGAGGAUGAAGAUGGGGAGGAUGAGCCUGGGUUGUGGACGCGGUUCCGAGGCCUCCUGCUCUGUCUGAGCCUGCAGCUGUACCGCCGCCUGCUGAAGCUCAGAAACAGGCUGGAGCGGGCCAUGGGGAUGCUACAGGAUGCUACCGACAGGAUGGGCCUGAGCAGGCUGCUGGAGGUGGUGAGCUCUGUGCUCCAGAUGCUGAAGCUGUUCUACGUGUCCCAGGUGUUGCGUCUGGAGGCCACGAGGAGGCUGGCCUUGGACCAGCUGAAGGCCCAGGUCCGGGUCCUGGCUGAACUGGGACCCAUCAAUCAGCUGCUGGGACUGCCUGCUCAGGUGCAGCUUGUGGUGGCCGACCUACAGGAGCUGGGCAAGAUCCUACUGCAGCUGCUGGUCAAAUGCACCCCUCUCUACAACAUGCUCCAGCAGCCUAGUGAUCAGGAUGUGGAGGACUUCCUCAACCAGCAGGAAUCCUUGUCCUCUGACACCACUCGCAGCAAUUCUGCCAGUAGCCUCUUUCUCAAGGCCAUGGACGGCCGCCCACACAAUCGCAAGAGCUCGUAUGCCCGCUCCCAAACGGGCUCAACCAGUGCCCCCAGUCCAACCUCAGCCAAAUCGCCCAAUGGCAGCCAGAAGCAGGAUGACCAGACUCUCUCUCUGGAGCUCAAGAACCUGGAUCUCCCUUCCACCAUCUCUGUGUGUCGUCGCUCUUCAGUCCGCAGGUGCUCAUCCAGUAGCAUCAAUCCCCCAGACUCCAGCCCAGUCCCCGGCCCAGCCCCGGCCAACCAAGCAAACGACGAUGACCAGCCUCUUUCUCGCCAGGGCAGCCAGAAGCCUGACAACCAGUCUCCCCCUUGCUGGGGCAGCCAGAAGCAGGAAGACCAGCCUCUCUUUGUGGAGCUGGACAGCACUGUGUGCCACCGCUCCUCAGCCAUCGAAUUCCUCUAUGCCCCCAUCAUUCAGUACCUGAGCCCUGAGCAACUGUCAGAUGAGACUGUUAUACCUGAGGUGGAGACCACCAAUUUCCAUCCAGACACAAGAGACGAGAGCCUACCCAGACACCAGAGCCUGUCUGCCCGCUCCCAAAGAAGCUCAUCAAGUGUUGGCAACCCGGAUGACCAGUCUCUCUCUCGCCGGGGCAGCCAGAAGCAAGACGACCAACCUCUCUCACUGGAGCUGGACCCCCUGGAGCUCCCUUCUACAAGCACCGUGCCUCGCCCCUCCUCGGCUGCCGAGGUCCUACUAGGUUCCAUCCUCCAGUACCUGAGCUCUGAGCCACCCUCGGACGAGUCCAUUAUACCCGAGGUGGAGACCACCGAGAACCACACAGAAACCAGAGACGAGAGCCCACCCAGACACAAGAGCCUAUCUGCCCACUCCCGCAAAAGCUCAUCAAGUGCUGGCAACUUGGACAACCAACCUCUCUCUCGCCAGGGCAACCAAAAGCCAGAUAACCAGCCUCUCUCUCUGGAGCUGGACCCCCUAGAGCUUCCUUCUACCAGCACCGUGCGUCGUCCCUCCUCGGCUGCCGAGGUCCUCCUAGGAUCCGUCCUCCAUUACAUUAGCUCUGAGCCAUCCUCAGACGAGCCUGUUGUACCCGAGGUGGAGACCACCGAGAACCACAUUAAAGCCAGAGGCGAGAGCCUACCCAGACGCAAGAGCCUGUCUUCCAGCUCCCACUGGAGCUUGUCCAGUGCCGUUGCACCCAUGCUGGAGAAAGCUGAGGACCUGAGCCCUGAGCAAGGCUCAGAUGAGGCCAUUAUACUUGAGGUGGAGGGCAUUGAGUACUACUCAGACACAAGAGACAUGAACCCACCCAGACGCAAGAGCCUGUCUACCCGGUCCCGUCGGAGCUCGUCCAGUGCUGUUGCACCCGAGGUGGAGACAUCUGAGGGCCUGAGACCUGAGGAAGUCUCAGAUGAGGUCAUUACACUUGAGGUGGAGAGUACUGAGUACUACUCAGAUGCAAGAGACGUGAGCCCAUCCAGAAGCAAGAGCCUGUCUGCUGGCUCCAACAGAAGCUCAUCAAGUGCUGGCAACCCGGAUGACCAGUCUCUCUCUCGCCGGGGAAGCCAGAAGCCAUUCAACCAACCUCUCUCUCUGGAGCUGGACCCCCUAGAGCUUCCUUCAACCAGCACCGUUCAUCGCCCCUCCUCGGCUGCCGAGGUCCUACUAGGUUCCAUCCUCCAGUACCUGAGCCCUGAGCAACUGUCAGAUGAGACUGUUAUACCUGAGGUGGAGACCACCAAUUUCCAUCCAGACACAAGAGACGUGAGCCCAUCCAGAAGCAAGAGCCUGUCUGCUGGCUCCAACAGAUGCUCAUCAAGUGCUGGCAACCCGGAUAACCAGUCUCUCUCUCGCCGGGGCAGCCAGAAGCAAGACGACCAACCUCUCUCUCUGGAGCUGGACCCCCUGGAGCUCCCUUCUACAAGCACCGUGCGUCGCCCCUCCUCGGCUGCCGAGGUCCUCCUAGGUUCCAUCCUCCAGUACCUGAGCUCUGAGCCACCCUCAGACAAGUCCAUUAUACCCGAGGUGGAGACCACUGAGAACCACACAGAAAUCAGAGACGAGAGCCCACCCAGACACAAAAGCUCAUCAAGUGCUGGAAACUCGGACAACCAACCUCUCUCUCGCUGGGGCAACCAAAAGCCAGAUAACCAACCUCUCUCUCGCAGGGGCAACCAGAUGUCAGAUGACCAGUCUCUCUCUCUUGAGCUGGAACCCCUAGAGCUUCCUUCUACCAGCACCGUGCGUCGCUCCUCCUCGACUGCCGAGGUCCUCCUAGGUUCCGUCCUCCAGUACAUCAACUCUGAGCCAUCCUCAGACGAGCCCUUUGUAGCCAAGGUGGAGACCACAGAGAACCACAUAAAAGCCAGAGUCGAUAGCCUACCCAGACGCAAGAGCCUGUCUUCCAGCUCCCACUUGAGCUUGUCCAGUGCCGUUGCACCCGUGGUGGAGAUCACUGAGGACCUGAGCCCUGAGCAAGGCUCAGGUAAGGCCGUUGCACUUGAGGUUGAGAGCAUUGAGUACUACUCAGACACAAGAGACAUGAGCCCACCCAGAUGCAAGAGCCUGUCUGCCCGGUCCCGUCGGAGCUCGUCCAGUGUUGUUGCAACCGAGGUGGAAACCACUGAGGGCCUGAGACCUGAGCAAGUCUCAGAUGAGGUCAUUGCUUUCGAGGUGGAGAGCACUGAGUACUACUCAGACGCAAGAGGCGAGAGCCCAUCCAGACGGAAGAGCCUGUCUGCCCACUCCCGCAGAAGCUCAUCAAAUGCUGGCAACCCGGAUGACCAGCCUCUCUCUAACCGGGGCAGCCAGAAGCCAGAUGACCAGUCUCUCUCUCGCUGGGGUAGCCAGAAGCCAGACGACCAGCCUCUCUCUCUGGAGCUGGACCCCCUAGAGCUUCCUUCUACCAGCACCGUGCGUCGCCCCUCCUCAGCUGCUGAGGUCCUCCUAGGUUCCAUCCUCCAGUACUUUAGCUCUGAGCCACCCUUAGAGGAGCCUGUUGUACCCGAGGUGGACAACACUGAGAACACAGAAGUCAGAGACGAGAGCCCACCCAGAUGCAAGAGCCUGUCUGUCCGCUCUCGCAGAAGCUCAUCAAGUGCUGGCAACCCAUCAAAUGUCUGCCAGGGCAGCCAGAUGAGGAAUGAACAGCCUCUCUCUGUGGAGUUUGACAUCCUGGACAUCUCUUCUACCAGUGCUUUGCGCCGCCGAUCUUUGGCUGCCGAGGUCCUCCUUGGCCCCAUCCUCCAGUACCUGAGCUCUGAGCCACCCUUAGGCGAGACCAUUAUACCCAAGGUGGAGACCACCGAGAACCAAACAGAAGCCAGAGACGAGAGCCCACCAAGACACAAGAGCCUGUUUGCUCGCUCCCGCUGGAGCUCGUACAUUGCCUCUGCACCCGAGGUGGAGACCACUGAGGACCAGAGUCCUGAGAAAGUCUCAGAUGAGGCCGUUGCACUCGAGGGGGAGAGCACUGAGUACUACUCAGAUGCAAGAGACGUGAGCCCAUCCAGAAGCAGCAGCCUGUCUGCUGGCUCCCACAGAAGCUCAUCAAGUGCUGGUAAUCUGGAUGUCCAGCCCCUCUCUUGCCGGGGCAGCCAGAUGCCAGACGACCAACCUCUCUCUCGCCGGGGCAGCCAGAAGCCAGAUGACCAGCCUCUCUCUCGCUGGGGCAGCCAGAAGCCAGACGACCAGCCUCUCUCUCUGGAGCUGGAACCCCUAGAGCUUCCUUCUACCAGCACCGUGCGUCGCCCCUCCUCGGCUGCUGAGGUCCUCCUAGGUUCCAUCCUCCAGUACAUUAGCUCUGAGCCACCCUUAGAAGAGCCUGUUGUACCCGAGGUGGACAACACCGAGAACACAGAAGUCAGAGACGAGAGCCCACCCAGAUGCAAGAGCCUGUCUGUCCGCUCUCGCAGAAGCUCAUCAAGUGCUGGCAACCCAUCAAAUGUCUGCCAGGGCAGCCAGAUGAGGAAUGACCAGCCUCUCUCUGUGGAGUUCGACAUCCUGGACAUCUCUUCUACCAGUGCUUUGCGUUGCCGAUCCUUGGCUGCCGAGGUCCUCCUUGGCCCCAUCCUCCAGUACCUGAGCUCUGAACCAUCCUCAGACGAGACCGUAAUACCCGAGGUGGAGACCACAGAGAAGAAUGCACAGUUAAGAGAUGAGAGCCCACCCAGACACCAGAGCUUGUCUCCACGCUCCCGCAGGAGCUCGUCCAGUGCUGUUGUGCCUGAGGUGGAGACCACUGAGUAUUGCUUUGACGAAGGAGACGGCAGUCCACUCAGACGCAAAAGCCUGUCAAUCCGCUCCCGCAGGAGCUCAUCCAGUGGAGGCAACGCCCCAUCCCAGCGGCUAACCCCGGACAACACACACAAUGGCCUCCAGGGCAGCCAGAUGCAGGACAACCUGGAUGAGUUGGACACCAGCGCUGUGCGUCGCCGCUCCUGGGCUGUCGAGGUCCUCCUAGACCCCAUUCUGCAGUACCUGAACCCUGGGCACUCAGAAAAGGCUGAUAUAGAAGAGGCCGAAAUACCCGCGGUGGAGGCCACAGAGCACUAAGAAGUCACCAGUGUCCUAGAAAUGGCCCCCUUUGAAGGCCCAGGUGUAAGACUUAUUAGUUGAUUUUAGUUUGUGGGUACACAUAGGAGGACCAUAGUUCAGCAGACAUAAUCUGUGAUUAAUCCAUUGUAAUACAAAAUGUGUCAAUGUUUGUGACUGAAAGAUUCAGGCGCUCUACUUCAUGUACAGACGCCAACCCAAAUUUGUUUUGGUUUCCUAACUGAGCAUCAUGCGACAUUAUACACCUUGUAUACCAUUAUAUAUUAGACCUAACUAUUCUUAUAUGACGUGCUAAGCUGAUGUCGCAUUCUGUUUUCUCUUUCCCAAAGUAGGCGUGAGAACCAAGCUUGUCAUGAUUAAAGGUAAAGUCUUGAUUGAUUGGCCUAAAUAUGGAUGAUGGAAGGAAAUUGAAUGUGUUGAGGAAUGAGCAUCGAAUAGACAGUAGAAAAUGUCUGUCUUUGUCAUAACAUGUAACAUGUAAUACAUGAUAUGUUUAGAUUGUCCUACAGAAUACAUGAACAUAACAUUGGUUGUAUUCAAGAAAUAAAUAACAUUUGUAUUGCUGAUGUGAAAUGUAUUGAGGUUAUGAAGAGUGAAAUAAAGUGCCAUUUCCCCAUCUACAGUACAGUACUCAGCUCAUACAUGUACUUUCCAAGAUUAACCCAUUCCGGUUUCAUGCAUUGUAUAAACGUUAAAAUUACCACAUAUAACUUUUCUCCAAGAUGUAUUACACAGAAAUGAAAUAGUUUUAUCCACAU